CACCUCCAUUGGCCAGCUAGCGGCCUGCUCAUCCUCGUCACGCAGCCGUCUCGUUGCUAUCAGCGACGCGCAAGCGAGAGCGCUCUGUGCUUGGCACGCUGUCGCGCCCGCCAGCCGCCAGCCGCGCAACGCCGAGGCACGCCGCGCCGCGAGCCGUGCGCACCGGCUGCUCUGAGCGAGGCCCGACCGCCGUCACGGCACCCGCCGCACAAUGACGCCCCCGCCAAAUGAGGAGCAUCCGUCGCUCGGCCGCUCUGCCUUUGCGCACAGCCGCCACGCCAGCGCCGCGGCGCUGCUCUCGGCCGGCAGCGGCUUGAGUAGUGCGGCGGCAUCGGCGGCCGCUCCCCUCGCCGCGCCGCCAUCCCACGCGCGCUCCCUCUCGCACCACCACUCGCCGCAGCACGCACCGCUGCACGCCUUCCCACCGCGCACGCCUGCUGCGCCGACGGCCUCGCCUGGCGUCUCUGUGGCCUCACGCGCCGCCGCGUAUCCGCAGUCGCCCGCCGCGAGCAGUGCAGGCCCCGCGCUGCCGCAGACGCCGCUCUCUGCUGCCGCUGCGGCCGUGCGCACGCCGCGCAGCGCCGCCCUCGAGCACUCGUCGAUCUUCGAUGAUGGCCAGUACUCGGGCAACCCUCUGACGCCCAUCACGCCGCGCACCCACUCGCCCGCCGGCUCGUCGCCCGCGCACUUUGCCGGUGAGGGCCGUCUCUCGCGCCGCUCCAGCGACCUCUGGGCCGGCGUCGGGCGCGAGCGCAUGCGCACGCGCAGCGGCGGCACCGUCGACAGCGCGCACGGCGCUCUGCUUGCAUCCGUGUCCGACACUGCACCGGAGCGCGAAGACCAGAGCCACGGCGUCUUGCUGCAGGAUCGCCGCGCGCCGCACUCCGUCGAGCCGGGCAUGCCGCACCUGCCGCGACGGGUCGACAGUCUCUCGCCCACCGACGUGAGUGACGACAGCAUGUACGACGAGAUCGCGUCGAGCGCCGGGGCGCUGUCGGCGAGUGCGUCGGGCCUCGGCAUCAGCGGCCCGGACGGGCGCGAGGAGGAAGCGGCGGCAGACCGCGGCCGCGACCGCCUCUCGGCCGCCAUCGCCGACCUGAGUAUGGGCUCGACUGGCUCUCGGGCGAGCAGCUCUGAGCCAGUCGAGCCUGGUCAGACACCGCUUGCCAAAUACAAGGCGCUGCCGCCCAGCGCUGCACACGAGACGCCCGAGUCGCAGAGCUUCAGGACGGUUGCGCGGGUGUCUGGUGCAGUUCGUGCGCCCUCAUCGCCGCCGCGCGACUCGACUGAUCGCUUCGAGGCAGCGCUCUCGCAGCCCGCGGUCCCUAGCCGGGUCAGCAGCUUCGGCUCAAGUGUCCCGCCAGAGAGCGUGCAAGCAAUGCCCCGCUCCGACUCUGCGUCUCGUGCGCUCCCGCUCUUGUCGGUGGACAGCCGGGUGGUGACCAGUGGGCCGCCCUCACAUCUGAGCAGCGAGAGCGACUAUGGCGGCGAGGGCGACUGGUCUGAGGUCGAGCUCGACAGCCGGCCGCGCAGCAGACUUCAUGCUUCCAGCUCCAUCGCGUCGCUGCCGGCCGAAUCCGCCGCGGCGGUGCCGCCCGUGGCGCCGCUUGUUCUCGCAAGAGCGGCACGGCCACCUUCGCCGCGAAAGUCGAGCGCCAGAGCUCUGUCCGUCUCGCCGACAAAGGCUACGUUCGGAUCGAGCGUGGAUGCCGCCGCCUCUCCGAUCAAGUCCAGCGCGCCUCGAGCCCCCGCUUCGCCCGUCAAGGCGAGCUUCGCGCUCGGGCGCGCUGCUGCCGUCGACGCGCCUGCUGACGGCGACUUCGCCGGCGACCAGACCGGCGACUCGAUCCUGCAGAGCGAGCCAAUGUCCGUGUCGCCGUCCAAAGAGGCCGCGCUCGAGGCGCAGCUCGCUGCCGAAGCCGCCGACGCAGAUCCCAACCGGCCGCGCACGCUCAAGGAAGCGCGUGCCCUUGCGAAGGAGCGCAAACUGCGCCGCCUUGCAUCGGAGAGCCAGCCUGUGCCGGCCUCCGCAUCGCCGGAAGAGCGCAAGACGCCCAGUAGCAUCCCGUCUGCGCGCAGAAGCCUGGAUCGCCCUGUGCGGGACCCCAAACGCCACGGCCCCAGCGCCUCGACGUCUCUGUCCGCCGCCCCUGACCCGACGACAGAUGCACACGAGCCACUCUUGCGCCCAAGCUCUCCGAGCGACCGCAGCAUGAGCGAAUACAGCGUGCAGAGCAAUCCGCCCGAUGCUGUCGUCGCCCCCGACGUGGAGGCUGCUGGACAAUCGACGUCGCCGAUUGAUGGCUCGAGCGAUGCAGACGUCCACCGGCGGCAUAGCCGUCAGCUGGCGCAGACUGUGCGCAGUCCCGAGGGCGAGGCUGCAGCCAACACGAGCGUACAGACGACGCCCUCUGCUGCUGCGUCGUACUUCCCGAACGCGCAAACAAAUGCGCGUCGAUUCGGCCAAGUCUCUCCCUCGGUUGGCGACGAAGCUGCGCCAGUAGCGAGCGAUGGCGUUGCCGCACCUGACAGCGUGCUUCGGAGCCGCAUCACGAUGGAAGACUUGCAGGCUGCCGUCGGCGAUGCGCUCGACGAUCUCAGCUUCGGCAGCACGAUCACCGACGCCAGCACCGCCAUGGCGCCGCACGGCCCGAGCGAUGGCGAAGACCUUGAUGCUGCUGUCACGCCUUCUUUGCCCUCGGUAGACAGUGGCACUGCCAAGGUGCCGCAAGCGCUCGACAUGACUCGCGCGGGCUCAGCUGCGCCGUCCUUUGCCAGUGCUGCAGCCAGCGCAAAGUCAUUUGACUCUGCAGUCGAGUUCAUGACGCCGUCGAGCGCGACGAGCACGUCGCAGGCGCCGCUGCCUGCGUUGCCUCGGCAUCCCUUUGACGUCAAUCAGGCCGCACCCGCCUCGCCUUCCGCCGACAAGCCCGCGCCGACAAAGUCUCAUGCGGCAUCCAGAUCGAUCACCCAGGCGACUCCGCGGCCAACGGGCGCCGCUGCGCCGACACGCGUCGCGCGCCUGCCCGUCUUUGGGCGCACGUCUGCAUGGCCGACCACGUUUGACCCGACUCCGAUCAUCGAGAAGCGCAAGCUCGCGCCGUGGGAGCGUGCGCGGGCGUAUGCCGAGUUCGCCAACGAUCUUGCAGGGAUCUCGACGGGCCUGGAGGUCUGGCUCUCGAUCGUGCAGCGGCCCGCUCAGGCGCAAGCGGCCCGCGGCGCGAUGGGAGCAUCACGGAACGCAGCCAACAAGCUGCGCGGCAUCCCCGGCUUGCACGCGCGCGACACGACAGACUCCUCUGUGUACGCCGCAAGCGUGCGCAGCGAUGCGACCUUUCCCAUGCGAGGUGACGGCGGCCGCGCCAAGGAGUUGACGGCUGUGCGUGAGGCUGGCAUCCCAGAGAGUCCGCCAUCGAUGAUCCCGCCCAACAUUCCAUACCCGGCCUUGCUUCCCGGCCAGCUGCGCGGCGACGAGACUUCAGCCCUCGGUCUGGCUCCUCAGAACGACUCGAGCUGGACCCUGAUGGACCGCACGCGCACGCAGUCCAGCUCGGACACGGCCACUGAGGAGUCGUCGGCGCCCAGCUCUUCGCCGACUAAUGGCCGCAUGCCCGGAGCUGGACCUCCGACCGCGCGAACCGGUGCGUUUUUCAGCGCCCUCAGCCGCAAAGGCAGCCGGAGAACGCCCGGCACUGGCUCGCUCAGCGUCACGAGCACGACGGCCUCCUCGCCCACUGCCAGCACCGCGAGCGGCCCGCGCGGGAUGCGCGCCACGCUCGCACGCACAAUUUCCAGCCCCAUGAGCCCAUCGUCCGGGCACGCGCCGCAGCCAGUCGACAUCACCCGGUCUCCCAGCAACGCCGCACUUGCCCUGUCCUCGAGCCCCACGCCCGCGCCCGCCAUGUCGCUGGCCGAUGAGAAUGCGCCGCCGCCGCCGCCACCGGCUCGCACCAUCUUCGGGCGCGGUCCGCUGGGGCCCCGCGCGCCGAGUUCGAGAAGCAACUCGACGGACGUCGUGUCCCAGUCGUCAUCGCGCCCCUCGCUGAACUCGUUCAGCAGCGGACGGUCCGGCCUUGGCGCCGGCGAGGCGCGAGGCACCUACUACGGCCUUUCGGCGACGGGCGGCAUCUACGCUGUGCCGCAGGGACAGCGCAGCAGCACGACGCUCGCGGGCACGCCUGCCGGAGUGUCGGACUAUCGCGAUGGCCAGCCGCGCGCGCCGGGGCCGAACCGCUCGCCGUCUCUCGCAUCCGGUCUGCUGGCCUCUCCGGCGCUUUCGAGCGGAUCGGGCAGCACGCCACCGCAGGUGUCGCCCGGAGGCACAGGCAACGGCGUCGCCCGCAGCUCCUUCUCAUACGGCUCGGUGCGCGAGCGCAGCCCGCUCCUUGGUUCUGGAGGCUUUUCGCCAACAAUGCUGGCUCCGCCCGCCGGCGAGGGCGGCGAAGUCGGCAGCCACACGCUCAGCCCGCGCAAAGGCAGCUUUGCGACGAUGAGCAGCGUCGGCAGCAACCGCUCUGACAAGGAGGCGCAAUUCGAGCAGACGCUCGAGAAGCUCGAGGAUGUACUGCCCGAUGCCGAUCGCGCCACACUCGCCGUGUAUCUCCGCAAAGCAGGCGGCAAUGACCUUGCUGCGAUCGGAGACUAUCUCCAGGACCAAGCGCGCGGCAAGCUCCGGCGGGCUUGAGCGCAAGAGGGAAAUCCCGGCGCCUCUCGUUCCACUGCUCUCUCAGCGCCUUACAUCGUAUUCCGUCACCUCGAUACCGCCUAUGCCAGCCUGUGCGGCAGCUUUGGGCAGCCUCCCCUGUGCCGCGUUCGAUUCAAUGCACCUCGCAUCCUUCACAUGCCUAUCAGCAGACCGAUGAU